AUGCCCGCACGCUUCAACACCAGACAAACACCGUAUCCUCUCCUUUCUGCCCAAGAUAGCGAUGGCGAUGACGGCGACGGCGACAGCGAUCGUACGCACUGCACUCUACGGCAGGAGGUGGUAGAUUCGGAUCCGCUCCUGGAAGGGCCGCGCGGGAAGUAUAUGGAAGGCCCGAGCAGUUCCUACGUCGCACCGGUACGGCAGUUUCCAAUGGCACAAAAAAGCACAACACGACGAAUCUCAAUGGGCGAUUGCACGGCGGAGGUCCAGGCGAUUGGGAAUGUUUGGUUGCACGACCAGCGGGCGGCAGAAGAGGCACAGGAGGCUUUCUUUGGGUGGUGACGAUGAUGGAUGCCAAAGACAUGAAAGGGGCAGAGAGAGAUGGUUCGGAUGGGUAUCACGCAAACAUCUUGGUGAACAAGAGAUCGAGAACUUAG